AUCUACAUUUCAGAAUGGAAUAUGCUGUAUAUAAAGGAAGCUGCUUACAUCCUCCAAUGGAAUACUGUGACCAGCUGGAAGAUUCAAGUUAACCGAUUUCAAAAGAGAUCCCCAUUAACUGGUCUUUUGGAACUACAGGGCAAAUGCUUUGAGCAGUACAUAAAGAUAUCAUGGCCUGCCUUACAAUGACAGAGAUGGAAGGGACAGCAUCAUCUACUAUUCACCAAAACGGUGGCAUUGUUGGGAAUUCAACCAUUUCAAGACAGACAGAACCACUGUUUCGGGUUUACCUUUAUCAUUCCCCAGGAAAGACUGAAGGCGAUUAUCUGCAAUUUCCAGCUGGAGAAUAUGUUGCAGAAGAGAUCUGUAUUGCUGCUUGUAAGGCUUGUGGUAUCUUGCCAGUGUAUCACAACAUGUUUGCACUAAUGAAUCAGACAGACCGAUGCUGGUAUCCUCCAAAUCACACCUUCCAAAUAGAGGGGUCAGCCACUCUCACCGUACUCUACCGAAUAAGGUUUUAUUUCCCACACUGGUAUUGUAAUGGCAGUUCACGAGCAUAUCGCUAUGGUGUUUCCCGAGGUGCAGAGAGUCCAGUUCUUGAUGAUAUCGUCAUGUCUUAUUUGUUUGCUCAGUGGCGAGAAGACUUUGUCCAUGGGUGGGUAAAGAUGGCUGUUACUCAUGAAACACAAGAAGAAUGCCUUGGCAUGGCUGUUCUGGAUAUAAUGAGAAUGGCCAAAGAAAAGGACCAAACCCCACUAGCCAUCUACAAUUCUGUGAGCUACAAAAUGUUUUUGCCCAAGUGUAUCAGAGAAAAAAUCCAGGAUUACCACAUUCUGACCCGUAAGAGAAUAAGAUACAGAUUCCGAAAAUUCAUUCAGAGAUUUGGCCAGUGCAAAGCAACUGCCAGAAACUUGAAACUGAAGUAUCUCAUAAAUCUGGAAACCCUUCAGUCUGCCUUCUACUCAGAAGUAUUUGAAGUAAAGGAGCCUGGCAGAGAACCUUCAGGCGAAGAACGUUUUGCAACUAUUAUUAUAACUGCAAAUGGUGGAAUUCAGUGCUCCAGAGGGAAACAUAAAGAGAGUGAAACACUCACAGAACAGGACAUACAGACAUACUGUGAUUUCCCUGAUAUUAUUGAUGUCAGUAUUAAGCAAGCCAGCCAGGAAGGUUCUGGAGAGAAUAGAAUUGUAACCAUUCACAAGCAGGACAGCAAGAAUUUGGAAGCUGAAUUUCAUUCAUUGAAAGAUGCUCUUUCUUUUGUAUCAUUAAUUGAUGGAUAUUACAGAUUAACUGCAGAUGCUCACCACUAUCUCUGUAAAGAAGUAGCACCUCCUUCAGUUCUUGAAAACAUUCUGAGCAACUGCCAUGGGCCAGUUUCCAUGGACUUCGCAAUCAAUAAAUUGAAGAAAGCUGGCAAUCAGCCUGGCUAUUACGUUCUUCGUUGCAGUCCAAAGGAGUUUAAUAAGUACUUCCUUACCUUUGCAGUUCAGCAAGACAGCACAGCUGAUUAUAAACAUUGCUUGAUAACAAAAAAUGAGAAUGGAGAGUAUAAUCUCACUGGGACAAGAAGAAGUUUCACAAACCUUGUGGAUCUUUUGAAUUGCUAUCGGACAGAAACUGUCCGUUCGGAUAGUAUAAUUUUCCAAUUUACCAGAUGUUGUCCUCCAAAACCAAAAGAUAAGUCAAAUUUACUAAUCUUGAGGAGCAAUGCCGCCUCUGAUGUGCCCACCUCACCCACCUUGCAGAGGCACAAUAAUAUCAACCAGAUGGUCUUCCACAAAAUCCGGAAUGAAGAUCUGAUUUUUAAUGAAAGCCUUGGUCAGGGUACCUUCACUAAGAUUUUCAAAGGUGUGAGGAAAGAAGUGGGAGACUAUGGUAAGCUGUAUCAAACAGAAGUCCUACUGAAGGUGCUGGAUAAAGUGCACAGGAACUACUCUGAGUCUUUCUUUGAAGCCGCAAGCAUGAUGAGCCAGCUUUCUUACAAGCACUUGGUAUUAAAUUAUGGAGUUUGUGUCUGUGGAGAAGAAAACAUUCUGGUACAGGAGUAUGUAAAAUUUGGAUCACUUGAUACCUAUUUGAAGAAGAAUAAAAAUUCUAUAAAUAUCUUAUGGAAACUGGAGGUUGCAAAGCAGCUGGCAAUGGCAAUGCAUUUUCUGGAAGAUAAAAACCUUGUUCAUGGGAAUGUAUGUGCAAAAAAUAUCUUGCUUAUCAGAGAAGAAGAUAGGAAGUCUGGGAACCUUCCCUUUAUCAAGCUUAGUGAUCCUGGUAUCGGCAUUACAGUUUUGCCAAAAGACAUUCUUCUUGAGAGAAUCCCCUGGGUUCCACCUGAGUGUAUUGAAAAUCCCAAGCGGCUGAGUUCGGCAGCAGACAAAUGGAGUUUUGGGACCACAUUGUGGGAAAUCUGCAGUGGGGGAGACAAGCCUCUUGGAGCACUGGAUUUACAGAGAAAACUACAAUUUUAUGAAGAUAGGCACCAACUUCCUGCUCCCAAUUGGACAGAACUGGCAAAUCUUAUAAACCACUGUAUGGAUUAUGAGCCAGAUUUCAGGCCAUCUUUCAGAGCAAUUAUACGUGAUCUUAACAGUUUGUUCACUCCAGAUUAUGAACUAUUAACAGAAAAUGACAUGUUACCAAAUAUGAGAACUGGUAUUCUUGGAUUUUCUGAAGCUUUUGAAAGCAGGGACCCUACAUAUUUUGAAGAAAGACACCUCAUUUUCUUACAGCAACUUGGCAAGGGUAAUUUUGGCAGUGUGGAGAUGUGCCGAUAUGAUCCACUUCAAGACAACACUGGAGAAGUGGUUGCUGUUAAAAAACUGCAGCACAGCACAGAAGAACACCUGAGAGAUUUUGAAAGAGAAAUAGAAAUUCUCAAAUCUUUGCAACAUGACAACAUUGUCAAAUACAAAGGAGUGUGCUACAGUGCCGGUCGCAGAAAUCUGAAGUUGAUAAUGGAAUAUUUGCCCUAUGGAAGUUUACGAGACUAUCUCCAGAAACACAAGGACAGACUGGAUCAUAAGAAACUCCUGCAGUAUGCUUCUCAGAUAUGUAAGGGCAUGGAGUAUCUCGGAUCAAAAAGAUAUGUUCAUAGAGAUCUAGCAACCAGAAAUAUCUUGGUGGAGAAUGAAAACAGAGUUAAAAUUGGAGACUUUGGUUUGACAAAAGUCCUGCCACAGGACAAAGAGUACUACAAAGUAAAGGAACCAGGAGAGAGUCCAAUAUUUUGGUAUGCACCAGAGUCACUGACAGACAACAAGUUUUCUGUGGCCUCAGAUAUGUGGAGUUUUGGUGUGGUCCUAUAUGAACUUUUCACAUACACAGACAAGAACAAAAGCCCACCAGUGGAGUUCAUGCGUAUGAUUGGUGAUGAUAAGCAAAACCAGAUUGCCUUCCAUUUAAUAAUUCUUUUGAAGAAUAGCAUAAGGCUGUCACGACCUGAUGGAUGCCCUGAUGAGGUUUAUGCCAUCAUGACAGAGUGCUGGAACAAUAAUCCAAGCAUGCGACCCAACUUUAGGGAUCUCGCGCUGAGAGUUGAUGUCCUAAGGGAGAACAUGGGUGGAUGAAAAAAACAACUCUGAAGUACAUCCAAAGGGAUACCUUGACAUGCAUAGCAAAACAUGUUUUGUUCUUUGCAUAGUUGCAGAUUAUUGGCCCUCCCAUGCGCGUUCUUCUUUGAGAACAGAUACUGGAAGGAAAUUAUCCCAUCAGAACUUGCCCAUGAUUGUGAAGAACUCUGCUUAGUUUCUUCAAAGGGAGUAUUGCUGUGCUGCACCAGUGAAAAGCACUUUGAUAGUGAAGGAAUUGCAUUUUUUAACUUUAAAAAAAGGCAAAACACUGGAAAAUGUGUUCAGUGAGCAUCACCAUGGUUUGCCUAAGAGGGCAGUUGCCAAACAAAUAGACAAACAAACCAGCCAACGAAUACUAUUGUUAAUCUGCAGAUUUUCAAAGAAUGAAUGGUGAGAAGUUUGACAUAAUUUUAAUUUUUCCUUGGGUCAUCACUGAGGUGAAAGUAAUUUAUACUGCAGUUUUAUAUCCACUUACCAGCCAGUAAACAUCACUGGCACUUGCAUCACAUCGGUAUAGGAUUGUGCUCUGAAGCAGCAGCUGACCUACGGAUUUAUGGACAUUUUGAAACAUCUACAAUUCUGUUUCAGCAUAGCUACCAGAAGAUUUCACAUUCCAAGCAGUGCCAUUUUAAAGAGGAACAAGUUAAGUUUAAUAGUGGACACAGGUGCCCAUAUCCGCUCUGUACCAUUGCCUUCUCCAGCAUCCAUUCUGCUUGCAAUAAAUGGAGACUUUGUACAUGACAAAGCUACUAUUCAUAUAUUUCAGAGAGUUGUUCUUUUGCAAACAUGUGCUUUUCUUAGCUGUGUAUAGUUAUGUUAUUCUCUGAGAGAUUAAAUUUAAAAAAGCUACCAGUCAUGGUGAGAAGAGAAGACAUCACUGACUGAACCUGUGCCAGCAGUGGAAUGGCUUGCAACAUGGUGGCAAUCUGUAGAGGGUCACAUGCAAAAGUGGCACAUGCCUAACAAACCAGAAACCAUCACUGAACAAGCUUGAGUAGUAGUUUACUAUGAUAUAAAGAACCCCUAUAACCCAUGCUGGACUUUUCUUCAGUAAUUGAAGAGUGGUUUGGCAUCCUUGCACAAGGGCUUAUGUUUUAUGAAUAGGGUUUAGUGUUUGUUUCUUCAUAUUGUCAAAGCAUAGUGGCUUCACUGUGUAGAACAAGUGUGGGUCUGUGUGCAUGUGUGUGUAUUUUGAAUAGUUGGUUGAGCAACUUUCAGUGUGCCUGUCUGAGCCAAGUGCUGGCCAGCAACAGAAGCAGAGAUGCACCUUCGGGGACUGAUGUACUGUAAAUACUUUGAUGGAAAGGGAACAAA